AUGCCGCCUAUCCGCAACGCGUCGAAGCGCAAGCCGCCUCCAGAAGGCUUCGAAGACAUCGAAGACCAACUCCUCAUCUUCCAGAACAAGAUGAAAGAUGCACAUAACAAGCCGCCCCCGACAGGACCGAAACACCAGGCACAGUGGGAAAUUUUCCAGAUUGCCCACGCGCGGAGCCGCUACGUGUACGAUCUGUACUACGAGAAAGAGGCCAUCAGCAAAAAGCUGUACGACUGGCUGCUCAAGAACGGAUACGCGGAUGCGAUGCUGAUCGCGAAGUGGAAAAAACAAGGCUAUGAGAAGCUCUGCUGCCUCCGGUGCGUGCAAACGAAAGAGACCAACUUCAACUCGACGUGCGUAUGCAGAGUCCCUAAGGCCCAACUGAAGGAGGAGCAAGAAAUCCAGUGCGUCAGCUGUGGUUGUCGAGGAUGCGCAUCGAGCGAUUAACGACAGGGACAUUAUUUCUAUCAUUCUUUGUCCUCUACGACACUCGAGCUUUGCUGGACCGGCGUUUUUGGCGACAGGGCGCGGCGCAAUCGUGAAAGAUUUACGAGAGAAUUGGUGCGAGAAGCACCGGGCUGACGCAAAGAGGUAGUGAUCCUUCUCAAUCGACCGUUCAAAUAUUUUCAUGAUCGUCGUCGCUAAUGAACAUAGUCUUCGUGAAAUGCGUGAUGUCACCUCGCCCCUUGACCGCUCUCUAAACACCACCUACCUCAUCCGACCAACCGGCC